CUUCCUACUCUCUCGCUGCCCGUGCGUGUCUGUGUGCGCUCCCCCAUUUCGUUCCCUUUGUCCCUGUCCCGCAGUGUGUGUCACUUCCUCUUUGUGAGACAUGUGUUUGUGUGUGUGUAUUUAGUGUGAAUUUUGUGUGUGUUUGUGUGUCCAUGUCUUUCUUUUCUCUCUGUGCCUGUUUGUGUGUGUCUCUCUGUCUCUCUGUCUCUGUCUGUUUGUCUGUCUCUCUGCCUCUGUCUGUUAAGAGCAGAGCCUGUCCGGUGGAGCAGCGGAUGUAUGAGGGAUGAUUCAGUGGCUGACAGGAAGCUCGCCGCCUUGCAUCCUGCCUGCCAGUGUCUGUGGCACUGACAUCGGAUCAGGCAGGUGUGUGGGCUCAGGAUGAGGUGGCCGCAGUGAGGAGCCCCCCGCUCUCAGUGCCAGGUCGGUGGAGAUGGACCAGGGCUGGGGGCAUCCCGAGCGUCUGCAGGGCCAGGAAGCAAGAGGGCUUUCUGAUGGUCGGGGUCCUCUGGGAGGGAGGGCAGCAGAGGUCAGCAGCCCAGGUCCCAGGGCCUUGAAUGCCAAGCUGAGAGUGUGGACUUGAACCUGGGGUCUUAAGCAGACCCCGGCGGUGGCCAGUGCUGGACCAUUGUCCCAUGGGUGCAACCCUCCCAUGUGUCUGUGCCUGAACCUCCUCUGGGGCAGAAAGAGUCUCUGUCUUGACCAAAGGACAAAGACGUCAAGGGUGGGAGCCCAAGGGAACUGUCCAGACCAGCCAGCUGGAAAUAACACCCUCAGCAAGUUUCUCUUCCGGAAACCCCAACCGUGAUCCAGGCUGGACGUGCUUGUCCUCCCAACGACUCUUUGAGGAACGGCCUGGGUUGAUCCCAGUCUUAUAGAUGAGAAAACUGACGCCAAGAGACCCCAAGGCACAGCCCUGCAGGAAGAGUGGCCAGGAGUGGACAUGAGCGUGGACACGGAGCUGCUGUGGUCGGGGGCGGCCCUACUGCUGCUGCUGCUGGGGGCGGCAGCCGGCCUGUGUGUGCGCUGCUCCCCCCGCGCAGGUGCAAAGAGGUCCGAGAAAAUCUAUGAGCAGAGGAGCCUGCAAGAGAAUCAGCAGAACUUUGCAGUGGCCCGGACCUAUACCCUGGUCAGGGAGGCCUGGCCAGGGCCCCUGGUGGACACGGCCUCCAACGCGGCAUCAGCAAGGAAGGACAAGCUGCUGCAGUUCUCCCCCAGCCUCGAGGAGUCUUCAUCCUCCAGGUACCAGAACUUCAGCAAAGGAAGUAGACGCACAUCAGAUGCAUCCUACAUACACCCCUUCGCCACGGACUAUUUUGAUAGUGGGCGGUUCCAGAAGCCCCCGGAAGAUGAAGAUGACACCAAUUCCUAUGAGAACGUGCUCAUCUGUGAGCCAAAGAAAACCGAAUCAGGGGACGAGGAGUCUGAGGGUUAUCAGAACUCAGCAUCCAUCCGGCAGUGGCGGGAGUCCAGGAGAGUCGUGGAGCCGGUCCCGAGGGAAGCACCUCCCUACCCGGUAGGAAGCCCAGACGAGGACGACGGGGAGCCCGAUUACGUGAAUGGGGACGUGGCAGCCAUCAACGCCUAGAGAAGCCCUGGAGGAAGGAGCCAGGGAACCAUAUACUGCCUCCCCAGGGUCCCUUCUCCAGAGCUGCUCGACUUCUAGACCCCCUACGGCUACUCCUGGGAGGGGCACCAAUGCACCCUGAGGACCAGCCAGCCGGCCACGGGGUACCCAGCCCGGGAAAGGACAGUUACGCAUGGAGCCGCCCUCUGACCGGCUCCCACGGGCAAGGCAGGAGCCUGGGGCCGAGGGCAGCUCCCGCUGUGGUCAGACGCCCAGGACUCAGGGCAGUCGCAUCCCCUUAACCGCAUUUAAAACAUCAUACUACAUGGGUGUUCGUGUCCUUUUUUGCUUUGGAUUUUGAUCCCAAAUUGCUUACUAAUGUUGGUUGCUGGGAUUCUUGUGCGUGGUGGAUAAGCUUGUACAGUUAAUUUAUAUAGGUGGAGUUGUAUUUAAUAUUCUGCGUUUCAGAGUAGAGGUUGUGUCCAUCUUGUCUCCUGUAAGCAUUACACGUACUUAACUUCAGCAGAGUUACGGGGCGCCUUGGCGCUCCUUUCUUUGGCCCUCCGUUGACCGAAUCAGAGAUGAGGCCACGGCCACCUUCAUGACCCUUCAGCAGGAGUGUCUGCUGUGGACAGAGCACGUCACGGUUCUGGGGAAGGGGCAGGCGGAGUGGAGUGGCCUGGAGCCUCAGCUGAUUGGGCAGAAACAGGACCGUCUCAUGGGAAGGACGGGGUCCAAGGGACCUCCUGAGUCAGAGAAGCCAGAGUCAGGGAAACAAAAUGCCUCCUCCAACUGAAACAUCUCAAUAAACCGUUCCAGUUCAAGGGCAGCGAUUCUCCCGUCUGCUUUCCCUGCUUCACGUAGAACCUUCUAAGGCAAUGAAAGUCAGGCUUCUUGUUUCAUAGAAAGGGACCCUGAGGCCUAGAGAGACAGAAGGCUGGGGACAAGAACUUGGUCCCUGAGUCCAACCCUCUUUCCAGAUGCUGCACCGAUUCUAUGAGACGAAGUUAAUGCUGCAAGUUAGGAAAUUAGAAGAAAAAACAUCUAGAACACAGCUGUUGGCCACUUGUCUCUUCACGCCCCGCAGUCCUGGCCUCACGACGUGGAGAGGACAGCUUAGGCUUGAGCACAGGUGUGGUGGGGCUGC